AUCAUCAAGAAAAGUUGGGCUAACAUUUUAAUCACCGAUCGCUGGGCUCUAGCGCACUUAUCAAAUAAUUCCACCUUAUCACAUCAUAUUGCAUUCGGACCACUUUGCAACAACACAGCGCAAGUGGAGAUGCGUGCGUGGAUCAACUACUUAGUUCUGGGUCUAGGCGUAGCCCUUACCAUAGCAGGAUCUGUAAUGCUCGGAGUGGGGAUCUCGCGGUCUAACUCAUCUAAGAAUUGCAAAACUACUACAGAUGUACCUUUUACAAAAGCUGCCCCAACAACUCCUAUUCCCACUCUCACUACCAAUCGACCAGACGUACACAAAGUGUCGUACGACGUGCUCUUAUCCUAUCCACCGGAUGCAUCAAAUCCUAACUAUAUGACCAUUGAGGAUCCCAACGGAACAGUCAUUUUUAAAAGUGAAGGCAUUAGUCCACCUAUUAUCAGUGCAGAGCAAAGUGACAAAGGUGCUGGUAUGCAAUGGUUGGCUUUCUCUCCCAACGGUACUGUGAGAGGAGAUGUGGUGUAUUGCGGAUUUGCUACAGAAAAAGAGUUUCAAAUACUUCAAAGUCUUGGAGUAAAUGUGACGAACAAAAUAGCUUUGAUCCGCUACGGUGGCACAUUUCGUGGCGACAAAGUGGCAAUGGCCCAAAAAUACGGCGCUAUUGGCGCCAUACUUUAUUCAGACCCUGCUGAAGUAGCACCACAUGGCACCACAGACGGUAACAAAAUCAUGUGCCUGUCUUCAUCAAUUACCAGCUCACUUACCCAUUCAGGUGAUUUCACAUCAGGUCAGGGCAAUUGUCAUAAAUAUCACAGACAAAUUCAAAACGUUAUCGGCUAUAUAAACGGAGCUGAAGAGCCGGAACGAUAUAUAAUACUUGGAAAUCACUACGAUGCGUGGACCUAUGGAGCUAUGGAUCCUAACGCGGGAACAGCUGUGCUGGCUGAAGUAGCCAGGGCUACGGUAGCGACAAUGAAGAUGAUGGGAUGGAGACCAGGUAAAGUAGAAACAACCCUUAUCAUAUGGAUAGACUAA